AGCAACUUUCCAUCACAUCGCUCCGAACGGAAACACCGCCAUCUUCCUUACACGUCACUUUGGCCGUAGAAGUCGCGGCCAUCUUGGAUUCGGGCAGAAAUCCACACUCUGUUCAGUUACGUGCUAAGUAGGGCUGCCCAGGCACCCCGUUCAUCGUGAGAUUCUUCCCCCUCGGAAACAGAAGAAAUAGCAGCGCUCUAGGUGUAGGUUCAUGUCUCCUUCCCUACCAUGGCACACAGCUCCCGAGUGUUGAAGCUUGGCCGCCGAUACAAAUUGCUGGCUGGGGCUGCGCUUGUCUUGCUGAUGGUCCAGGGUCUGGUGGUCUGGAGUUUCAGCGGCCUGGAGGAAGGAGAAAAUGCCCUUCAGAGGAGGAGUAGGAGCCCGGAAAAGGCAGAGCUGCCCAAAGAUCCAGACAGUUCGGCAGGACGACGAUAUGGAAGAGGAAGAGAGAAAGACCGCCUUAGCGGCGCGAAGCGCAGGCAGAAAUCACAUAUUUAUGGAAACCAGGAGACGUGGCACAAUCUCACACGCGAAGGGGACACUGGAAGCGUAGAAGGAGCGCCUCUCACAACUGACCACAGUUUUAGUCCCAAGUGUGAGAUAACUGGCAAGGAUGCGCUUUCGGCUUAUUCACGAGCAAGCACAAGCAAGUGUCAACAGGAGAUUGCAAACAUAGUGUGUCUACACCAGGCGGGACAACUCAUGCCACAGAGGGUAGCACGAUACUGUCACCUGACAGGAAAAGGGACUUCAGGUCUUCAGUGGAACGAGCCAGAUGCAGGGGUUGUGUUGUCCGAGAAGCCUCUGCGUAUAGUGUAUAUGCUUGUUGUACAUGGCAGAGCUGUAAGACAGUUAACACGUCUUAUCAAAGCCAUAUACCACAAAGAUCACUUUUACUACAUUCACGUGGACCAGCGCUCUAAUUAUCUACAUAGAGAGAUAACACAGCUGACAGAGCGGUAUGCGAAUAUACGCAUCACUCCUUGGCGUAUGGUCACUAUCUGGGGUGGAGCAAGUCUAUUGACCAUGUAUCUACGCAGCAUGAAAGACUUGCUAGAAAUGCCUGACUGGAAAUGGGAUUUCUUCAUCAACCUUAGUGCCACUGACUAUCCCACCAGGACCAAUAAAGAGCUGGUAAAUUUCCUGUCAAAAUUUAGAGAUAAAAAUUUUCUCAAGUCUCAUGGUCGGGAUAAUGCUAGGUUCAUUAAAAAACAGGGAUUGGAUCGCCUUUUUCACGAGUGUGACUCUCACAUGUGGCGUCUUGGAGAAAGGCAGAUUCCUGAGGGCAUUGUAGUGGAUGGUGGUUCUGAUUGGUUCGCCCUGACAAGAGGUUUUGUUGAAUACGUAACCUUCACGGAGGACACUAUGGUGUCGGACUUUAAACGCUUCUAUAAAUACACUUUGCUCCCAGCUGAGUCCUUCUUUCACACUGUAUUGGAGAAUAGCCCAGCCUGUGGAUCUCUUGUUGAUAACAACCUAAGAGUCACAAAUUGGAACAGAAAGCUAGGCUGCCGGUGUCAGUACAAACACAUUGUGGAUUGGUGUGGCUGCUCUCCAAAUGACUUCAAACCUCAAGAUAUUGCACGCCUGCAGCAGCUCUCCAGGCCAACAUUUUUUGCAAGAAAGUUCGAGUCAUCAGUGAACCAAGAGGUUCUGGAUAUUUUGGAUGCUCAUCUGUUUGGGGAACCCCCUCCUGAGACCCCAGGCCUGAAAGGGUACUGGGAAAACAUAUACAGCAGUGUGGAAGGCAUGGGAGGCAUUAGUGAUGUCGACAUGACUGCAUACUCUUCAUUUAUACGCAUGGCACUUCAUGAAUUACAGGGUCCAGAAAAAGUGAAAAGAUGGACCGCUUGUAGAUUCUCUCCUUCUGGGUUUCCUUCCAACUCAGAACUUUAUUUUUAUGAUGACCAUUUCCAAGGAUACCUGAUUAUGCAGGAGGUGCAGAGUGGAGAAACCCUUGAGAUCUGGAUGAUGCCGCGAGGCACUCUAAAAGUGGCAGAUCAAAGAGGAGUAACUAAUCGUAUUCAAAGUCUGGAGGUAAGCUCAGAGUGGGAUCCCAAGGAACGGAUUUUCCGUAAUUUCGGUGGUCUUAUUGGACCUAUGGAUGAGCCAGUUGCAGUACAAAGGUGGACUCGUGGGGUCAACCUGACAGUCACUGUAGUUUGGAUUGAUCCCACAUAUAUUGUAGCUGCUUCAUAUGACAUUGCUGUGGACUCUGAAGCAGAUUAUACACAGUACAAGCCUGCUUUAACCCGCCCAUUGCGUCCUGGUGUCUGGAGUGUUCGAAUUCUACAUUUUUGGGAGAUGGUGGCAGAGGUCCAAUUCCUUGUGAUACCACUAACUGUAAGGAACAAGAAACCCCUACAGAGCGGAGAUAGCUGGUUGCACUCCGGACCUCCUCUUGGACAAUACAUGGAACAAAGUUUUCAGGCUCUCAGUGGAAUUCUAAAUUUACCACCACGUGCUGACAUUGAAAAAGAGGCUAAUAAAAAGUCAGAGUUUAGGAGUAAAGAGCUGGAAAACUGGACAGAUGACAGUUUAAAAAGUUUUUGGUCUGUUGGGGGAGUUUGCCAAAAAACUGUUUCCAGUUCCUGCCCUUCGCUCCCCAUCUGCUCUGAUACACAUUGGAGCUCUUUGUCACCUGAUCCCAAAUCUGAGCUAGGGCCUGUUGGGCAAGAUGGCCAUCUGAGGUAGCAGAAUCUGCUGGUUAAAACUCAGCAAACACAUGGGGCAGAAUGCAGCCCUAUCUAUACCACUUGGAAAUGUCUGAACAGUGCCAUAGCCAUGGAUUCCAGCUGUCAGAUAGCGUGCUCAAGUGUAAUAAUCUGUGGAAUUAUAAUGGCCUACUACAGUUUUUGCCUCUUAAUAGUAUGGAUUGUUUCAACUUUAUUCCAUCUUUUUUCACUUGGGAAACAAGACGGGUUCUACCUUGUUUUUAGGAAAUCUUGAUGGUGGUCACAUGACUACUUUUCACACUAAUCCACAGACAAAUUAUGUGUCAAAACAAUCUUGUUUUCCUAUGUGUGCCAAAUACAUUACCAAGGACAAAUGUGCUGCUAUGAAACAGACAUACAAAUUAUACUUUUCUUUGUUUAGUUUUUUUUCUUCAAUCCUGGGGGCUGGCUCCUCUUGGAGUAUGUUGGUUUUUUUUUUUUGUUUGUUUUUUUAUAUUGGGUUUAAAACCAUUUUUUACAUGCUGGAGAUGAACCAUGAAGCUUUCUAUGUGCUUAGCAGGUGAUGACAACACAGACUCCUCAUCUGUGAAGAACGUUCCAUUAAUGUGACCUUCAUACUUUUACCAUCCACUACACUUGAUUCUACUUCAACUGAUGAAAUAUUACUUCAGCUUGUCCAUGGAUAAGAGCUCCGGUUUAGGCUCAAAGGGUUAAACCACACUUUUAUUCCUAGCAAUGCACCAAAGGAUAACUGUGCAAUGCAGUAACAGAAUUAUGGUCACGUGUUUCCUUUUACCAUGUGGCAUUAAGAAGCACUUUAUUGGAGUCAUUUCUUUUUUCUUUUUGUCAGUGAAAUGAGUCUUAAUAAAUGGGGUCUGUAAACACUAAA